GCAUGACUACCGGCCAAUCUGCCAUGGCAGCUCGUCACAUAGUAGAUGGUCAACCACGGCGACGGCCUCCCCAGGGACGACCACGAAAACCUCACUAUUUAAAAAUGUUAUCACCUCUCUCCCGUCGUCUGCAAACUAUCCAUCUCUGUUCAGCGUUCGCUACUUUUCAGCAAAGGUGAAGCAAAAUGUUUUUGAAAUUGAGGUUUUAACUUUCUACUAGCUCUUUCUGUUCAAGUCAUGGAGUCUUUGAAAACACGUUCAAUGGCUCAAGCUUCCCGCACUUGGGUGUCAAAGACUGGUGCUUUCGUCCCCACCCCUUCAACUAUUCGUAAUUUUAUUUCGAAAGAUCAGACAUCCCAGUUUCCCGCAGAAUCUGGAAGAUACCAUCUUUAUUUAUCUUAUGCAUGCCCGUGGGCAUCUAGGUGUCUAGCAAUUUUGAAACUCAAAGGGCUUCAAAAGGCCAUCAGUUACACGGUGGUCAAACCAUUAUUUGAAAGGACCAAGGAGACUGAUGAGCAUUUUGGAUGGGUCUUUCCUGCUUCCAGCACAGAAGAAGUUGGGGCUGAUCCUGAUCAUUUGAAUGGAGCCAAGAGUGUCAGGGAACUGUAUGAGCUUGGAAGCUCAAAUUAUUCGGGAAGAUAUUCUGUCCCUGUUCUUUGGGAUAAAAAACUCAAAAAAAUUGUAAAUAAUGAGAGCUCAGAAAUAAUCCGCAUGUUCAACACAGAAUUCAAUGAAAUAGCGGAAAAUGCUGAUUUGGACUUGUACCCCUCUCACCUACGAGCAGUAAUUGAUGAAGUCAAUGAAUGGGUUUUUGAUGCGAUAAACUAUGGUGUUUAUAAGUGUGGGUUUGCCAUAAAACAAGGGCCUUAUGAUGAGGCCGUUAUCAAGUUAUAUGAUGUCUUAGACAAAUGCGAGGACAUACUGAGCAAGCAACGUUAUAUUUGUGGGAAUGAAUUCACAGAAGCUGAUAUUCGUCUUUUCGUAACUUUGAUAAGGUUUGAUGAGGUUUAUUCAGUUCAUUUCAAAUGCAAUAAGAAACUCCUACGCGAAUAUCCAAAUCUGUUCAAUUACACUAAAGACAUUUACCAAAUUCCUGGCAUCAGCAGCACCGUUAACAUGGAACACAUAAAGAAGCACUACUAUGGAAGCCAUACCAGUAUUAAUCCGCACGGAGUCAUUCCAAUUGGUUCCAGCACAGAUUACUCUGCUUCUCAUGACAGAGAUAGAUUUAAUAAUUAACCCUGUUUGUUUUGGCUGAUUGGAAAAGCACUUAUGUUUGUUUAGUAGUUUUCUGCUAAUGUAUGUUGUGACAUAUACGUAAUUAUGAUUUCGUUUGGGACAGCUUUCUUAUUGCAUAAGAAAAUGUAAAGAACACUAACUUAUCAAGCCUAAAUUAUUGGGCUGA